UGGGACGCCUGGGGAGCCCUGGAGAGCCCUGGCUGGGCCUGUGGUCCUGGGCCUACUCUCAGCUUCCGUGAGCCUCACCUUUCACGUCUGUGAGACCAAAACAUUUCGACUAAGCGGGCGGUCUUCAAAUUUCAGUGCCUGCCUUUUAUCAUAAUCACAUGGGGAUUUUUAUAAAAUGCAGAUCCCGAGGCUUCGUGCAGACCAAGGGCCGGGCCGGGGCCGAGAAUCUGCGUGUUUCACAGGGACGUUGGCAAUUCUGAUGUAGGACGUUUCAGGGACAGGUUUCUAGGCAGCACCGACUAGGUCGGCACCACUUACACGGGGUCUGGCACCACGCAGAGGAGCUACGGAGAGUGAGUGUGUGAGGUUCCUGGGUUCCACGCAUCAGGUCUGACCGCACGUUCCUUUUCCAGCAUCCUGACUUUUUUGGAGUCCACGUACAUCCCUCCCUCCUACAUCUCAGAGAUGGAGAAGGCGGCCAAGCAGGGGGACACCAUCUUGGUGUCCGGGAUGAAGACGGGGAGCUCCAAGCUGAAGGCACGCAUCCAGGAGGCCGUGUACAAGAACGUCCGCCCCGCGGAGGUCAGGCUGCUGAUUUUGGAGAACAUCCUUCUGAACCCAGCUUAUGACGUCUACCUCAUGGUGGGGACGUCCAUCCGCUACAAGGUGCAGAAGAUCAGGCAAGGAAAGAUUACAGAACUCUCAAUGCCCUCCGAUCAGUACGAGCUACAGCUUCAGAACAACGUCUGGGGCCCCGAGGGAGACCCGGGCCGGCCCGUGGCGGUCUUGGCCCAGGACACAUCGUUGGUCACCGCAGUGCAGCUGGGACAGAGCAACCUGGUCCUCGGCCACAGGAGUAUCCGCAUGCAGGGCGCUUCCCGGUUACCCAAUAGCACCAUCUACGUGGUGGAACCCGGGUACCUGGGGUUCACAGUCCACCCUGGUGGCAGGUGGGUGCUCGAGACCGGCCGCCUGUAUGAAAUCACCGUCGAAGUGCUUGACAAGUCCGGCAACAAGGUCUACCUGUCGGAUAACAUCCACAUCGAAACCAUGCUCCUUGCGGAAUUCUUUGAGGUUCUGGCUUCUUCCCAGAACGGGUCGUACCAUCAUGUCAGGGCGACGAAGAGGGGCCAGACGGCCAUCGAGGCCACCCUCACUUCAGUGGUGGACCAGGACGGAGGGGUCCACACGUUGCGAGUGCCUGUGUGGAACCAGCAGGAGGUGGAAAUCCAUGUCCCCAUCACCCUCUAUCCAAGCAUCUUGACGUUUCCCUGGCAACCAAAGACGGGCGCCUAUCAGUACACGAUAAAGGCCCACGGUGGGAGUGGGAACUUCAGCUGGUCUUCCUCGAGCUCUGUGGUUGCCACGGUCACCGUCAAGGGCGUGAUGACCACAGGUAGUGACACUGGACUCAGUGUGAUCCAGGCACAUGAUGUGCAGAACCCGCUACAUUUCGGUGAGAUGAAGGUGUACGUGAUCGAGCCCAGCGGCAUGGAGUUCGCCCCGUGCCCGGUGGAGGCCAGCCUGGGCCAGAGCCUGGAGCUGCCCCUGAGGAUCCACGGCCUCAUGCCCGGUGGGGCUGACGAGGUGGUCACGCUGAGCGACUGCUCCCACUUCGACUUGGCAGUGGAGAUGGAGAACCAGGGCGUGUUCCAGCCGCUCCCAGGGAGGCUGCGGCCGGGGCCCGAGCACUGCAGCGGUGUCACGGUGAGGGCAGAGGCCCAGGGCUAUACCGCGCUCCUUGUGAGCUACAAGCACGGCCACAUCCACCUGAGCGCCCGCAUCACCAUUGCCGCCUACCUGCCCCUCAAGGCUGUGGACCCCUCCUCUGUCGCCUUGGUGACCCUCGGCUCCUCAAAGGAGAUGCUUUUCGAGGGGGGUCCCAGACCCUGGGUCCUGGAGCCUUCCAAGUUCUUCCGCAACGUCACCUCUGAGGACAUGGACAGCGUCGGUCUGGCUCUCUUUGGGCCCCCUGCCGCCCGGAAUCACCAGCAACACUGGAUCCUCGUGACCUGCCAGGUCUUGGGCGAGCAGGUCAUCGCCCUCACGGUGGGGAACAGGCCCAGCAUCACAAACCCCUUCCCGGCGCUGGAGCCCGCUGUGGUGAAGUUCGUGUGUGCGCCGCCCUCCAGGCUCACCCUGGCGCCCGUCUACGCCAGCCCCCAGCUGGACCUGUCCUGCCCGCUGCUGCAGCAGAACAAGCAGGUGGUUCCGGUCUCCAGCCAUCGCAACCCCCUGCUGGACCUGGCCGCCUAUGACCAGCAGGGCCGCAGGUUUGACAAUUUCAGCUCGCUGAGCGUCCAGUGGGAGUCCACCAGGCCGUCUCUGGCCAGCAUCGAGCUGGACCCGCCCUUACAGCUGGUGUCCCGGGACGAUGGGAGCGGCCAAAAGAAGUUGCACGGUUUGCAGGCCAUUUCAGUUCACCAGGCCUCGGGCACCACGGCCAUCUCUGCCACCGCCACGGGCUACCAGAAGUCCCACCUGGACAUGGCCAGAGCGAAGCAGCCGCACCAUCCCCUCAUGCCCGUGUCGGCCUCUAUCGAACUCAUGCUGGUGGAGGACGUGAGGGUCAGUCCGGAAGAGGUGGCCAUCUACAACCACCCGGGCGUGCAGGCAGAGCUGCACGUCCGAGAAGGCUCUGGCUACUUCUUCCUCAACACCAGCAGCGCAGAUGUGGUCAGCGUGGCCUAUCAGGAAGCCCGGGGCAUCGCCACGGUGAGUGUGGGCCCUGCCCCCGCCUUCCUUUUCGUUUUAGUGAACAGAUUGUGGCAGAAGCUGGCACUUAAUUUCGGCUGGUGUGUUGAGCAGACACCAUCGGGAGGAAUGUGGGCACAGGUCCGGUUCUCGGGCCGGCCGGCCUCCAUGUGGCCUGCUCUCAUGUCCUCGUGCUGGGGCUCUGCAGGUGGGGGCCUCGGGGGCCUGAGUGCGCAGCCUUCUCACCCCCUCCCGUCUCUAGGUGAGUGCUCCCCCGGCCAGGUGGAAAGCAUCGCAGCCCUGCGCCCAGAAUCGCUCCUCGGCUGCCAGCUACAGUUCAAGCAAGACAUCUUCGACUUCCCAGCCCGUGAGGUUUUCACCGUAGAACCGGAGUUUGACGCUGCCCUGGGCCGGUACCUCUGCUCGGUGACAAUGCUCAGGCUUACGGACAAGCAGCUGAAGCACCUGAGCCUGAAGAGGACAGCACUGCUGGUCACUCCCUCUCUCCCAGGCAGUCACUUCUCCGGAGAGCAGGUCGGGGCCGAGGUGCCCUUCAGCCCAGGGCUUUACACUGACCAGGCUGAAAUCCUUUUGAGCAACCACUACACCAGCUCCGAGGUCAAGGUCUUUGGUGCCAUGGAAGUUCUGGAGAACCUGGAGGUGAAGUCAGGGUCCCCGGCCGUGCUGGCCUUCGUGAAGGAGAAGUCUCUGGGGCCGCCCAGCUUCGUCACCUACACAGUCGGCGUCUCGGACCCCACGGCCGGCAGCCAGGGGCCUCUGUCCACCACCCUGACCUUCUCCAGCCCCGCCACUAACCAGGCCGUCACCCUCCCCGUCACCGUGGCCUUCGUGAUGGAUCGCCGGGGACCUGGUGCUCACGGCGCCGGCCUCUUCCAGCACAUCCUGGACUCCUACCAGGUCAUGUUCUUCACGCUGUUUGCCCUGCUGGCCGGGACCGCGGUCACGAUCAUAGCCUACCACGCGGUCUGCACACCCCGGGAGCCCACCGCACCACCGGCCCUCUCCCCGCGAGCCAGCCCUCGGCACAGCCCGCACUAUGUUCCUGCCUCAUCGCCAACGCCUUUCAACGCGCUGCUUCCUGCUCGCAGAGCCAGCCCUCCCUCGGGGCUGUGGAGCCGGGUGUACCCCUCCCACUAGUCAGCGGGGCCGGGCCUGCCGGGUCCAGCCUGGAGCCGCCCCCCUUCCUGUAACUGUAGUUUAGGCCGUGCUCACGAGCUUGUUCUCAUAGGCAGGAGCUGAAGUUUGUUGUCCGGGGGUUUUUGUUGUUAUUGUCUUGUUCUCAUGAGAGUCUUGCAAAGGCAAAGACCUCGGCUCCUUCCUCAGCCUGGUUGUCUGCGGUUUGGGGACGAUGUACACUUGGGCUUUUAGUUUCUUGGUCUCGAAAAUCGCUCCCUUCUCAGGACCUGGAGCCAGUGGGAGUCUGUGGAGAAGGGGUCUGUAGAUGCUGUGGUAGCAGUGGUCUCAGGGAAAGGACUUUUUAUUGGAUUUUUUACUUGUGUGGGUUCUUCUCUCUGUGGAAACGGGACUUUUCCCCUCGUCGGGCUGCUGCUGGGAAAUGAUUGCGGCGAACAGACACGAGUGACCGGGGCCGCCCCGUCCCUGCACAAGGAGCCUCAGGACCGGGGCCGGGGCGCCCGGCUCAGCCUCGGGGGCGCCUGAGACGCCGGGGAGCUGGGAGCUGGGCCUCCUGCCCCCCUCGGGCCGCUGUGAGAGGGUGGCCACCCUCUGCGGUGCUUUGUUUCCCGAGCGGUGUACUUGGCCUCGGCCCCGGGGUGGGGGGGGCGGCGCAUCCUCCCAGUCCUGGCUUCGCUCUCAGCACGGGGGCUUCGGAAUCGGAAUCGGAGCUGGGAAGUGUCCUUGGCCUGGAGACAGGGACUUGCCUCGUGUUCCACUGUUCCGCCCACGCACCGAGCCGUGUUCUCUGCCCCUCCCUCUGUACAAAGCACCUCGCGCAUCUGAGCCUCUGCCGCCCCUCGGGACGGCCUCCCUCCGGGCAGCUCCCAGGACGGGCCGGGGAGGGGGCGACUCGGAAAAUGCCCUCCUUCCCGGCCCUCGUCCACACAGCAGCUGAGACGUCCGGGACGCGGCCCCUCCCGAGGCCGGGGUGCCGUGCCGCCCCCGGAAGGCCCGGAGCCCGGCAGCCAUGGACCCCGAGCUGCACACCUGAAUCUGCCUCAGGCCUUUGGGACUGGGCCACGCGAUUUAUUUUUUUAAAGCUGGAGACAGGAAGAAUUGUGCCUUGCAUAUUACUUGAGCUCAAACUGGCAACUUGGAUGUAAAUAGGCGCGUUUCUACUUGGUUUAUUUAAUAAAGCUCUGUAUAAUUUCUUAAGAUGAGCGCGAUUAUUGCCGGAAUCACAUGCGUCCUGCCCAGGAGUGACCCAGGCCUGGUGACGUAGCUUGCCGUUGUGUGCAUUUGGGGAGCAGGCCUGUGUCCUGCCAAUCUCUUUUCUCUGGCUGGACAGCCCAGCCCCCCUCCCACCCCUGAGGGGCUGGCAGGCAACCAGGGCAGGGGGCCGUGGUGUCUGCCCACAGCUGCCUGCUCAAGGCCCCCAGACAGGCCUUCCCAGUUGGAGGACGUGGCAGCCCUGCCCCCACAUCGCUGGGGUCACCUAGACGGCCUCUCGGCUCCCCUCCCUCUCCAGCCGUCCCCUUUUCUCUGCAGCUCUGGCUCCACCACCCCACCCCCUGAGACCGUCUCCCCGGGUCACCGGCACUCUGCCCGGCCUCUACAGCCAGACACCGACCCCAUUAGUUAACUGGCCCUGCCUCGCUGGCAGCCCCUCCUCUGUGGCCCCUGGCCCCUCACCCUGUGCCCCUCAGGGUUCGCCCUCCCAGCCCCAGGCCCUGCCUUCACGGGGCACUCGUGCGGGGUCAUCCUGAGUGCCCCGUGGGGCAGGGCCUGGCAUCACGUGUCACAGGGGUGGGAACGGAGGCUUAGAGACAGGUAGCCACCCAGGGUCGCAGGCCACCCAGAGGUGCUGCUGGUGGGACCAGUUGUCCCCGACGUCACUUGCCGGCCUCCUCGGAGUCUGAGCCCGUGACGAGGAGCUGGGUAAAGAGCAGCCAGAAUUUCAAUGCAAAAUUUGCAUUUCCCAGCCCCUUGUGCUGCUAGAAGCCAACAUGUGACUACAUUUGGGGCCAGAACAGAGCGGCUGUGUCCCAGGCAGCUGGUGAAACGGUGCCCUGAAGGGAGGGGUGCCCUGUUCACCUCCCGUCCCAUCAUCACCGGCUCAGCAGACCCGGUGGGGCUCUGCCUGGCAAGGACGGUCAGGCCACCAGAGUCGCUGGGCCGUCAUCGUGACCAGCCUGCACCCCAACCCGGGACGGCCUCCCCUGACGCCCAGGCAUACGGGCAAGAGUUCUGGGCUUUCUUCUCCCCAGACGUCACCGUCAUCUUAAAGCAUGUGCUGCUGGAAGCAACCAGACCCGGCCAGAGGCGAGGGCGUUCACAAAGCCCAGUGACGUGCUUCAGCUUUCUGUUCCCAAACUAACCAAGCAACUUUCACUCUCUAAAGGGUGCCAAAAAAUGCUUUUAGCACCAUUUAGCGCUAAAAUUAUAGUAUUGCAUAUAGAUUUUUUUUUUCCACCAGAAUUCCUAAGUUUGGCCAAAAAAUAACUGUGUGUCUCUCUGUCUCUCUGUCUCCCCCUGUUUUU